UGGCGUCCUGGUCCCUCUGUAUUGAAAGCGAAUAUUUGUUUCCUGCAUCUGUGUUGGGGGUUCUACCGCCUACCAAGAAUGAGCCACCUUUGGGGAAGCAGGGAAAGAAUUAUGAUAGAAUUGGCAUCCUGCUUUGAAAAAUGUAGUCUUUUGUUUAUUUGCUAGCAGACGUUGUAGCACUGACUACAUCUAUGGGUCUAACAAUGGGACCCGUUGAACAAUGGAGCUGUCAAACUAGCUUAAUGCAUGUCUGGGUUUUUUGUUUUGUUUUUUUUUUUUUCUUUCUCAACACCCUUUUUAUCUCCUUUAAUCUUGUUUGUAUAGACUCUACCAAAUGGAGAGCUUUUAGGACUGCUUGCUUGUGGUUUCGUGCUUUUAAAAAAUUUAAUAUCUGCCGUUCAUAGAGCUUUUUGCAUUUUGCAGCUAUGUUGGUUGGAUUAAGUUAGAGAUUUAUUGCUUACCUCUCUGUUAACUACAGAAAGAAACUCAUUGAUUGAGACUGCUUGUAAUACCAUUAUCAUUCUGGCAAAUACCUGGCUAUCAGACAUGCCUCUACAGUAUUUAAUUCUUGAGGAUUUAAAAUUUGCCUAUUCGGUGGACUUACAUAGCAUGAAAGAGAAGUUAAAAGAAUAUUUCUAAUGUUUAAGUAAAUUAUAAUUUCUAGUCUCUUCCUCCACUUCUGGAAUCCGGGUAAAUAGUUUAGAAAUUCAAGGACAAGUGAGAACUUUUGCCCUUAUAAUUUUGGUCACAAACUAUCUUUAUAUAUAUAGCCUGUUAAAUUGUUGAGUUAAAGGUCUCUAUGGAAUAUAUUGAUUUUUGAUAUAUGAUUAUGUGCUUAUAAGAUGCAUUUCUGUGCAAGGCAAGCAUUCCUCACCUCUGCAAAAAUCUUUCGUUUCAUAACAUAAGUACUGGUUUCUAAGGUGCAAACAGUGAGACUGAGACUUUAAAUAAAAAGAGAAAAAUGGAAAAAUCUGUUUCAAACUUCUCCGAUAUUAGAAACAUUUUUGUCCUCACAUUCGAUGUCAAAGAACUGAUCCUAGAAUAUUAAAUCUACAUGCAAAUCAGCUGAUCUACAUGAAAAUCAUGUCACUAAGGGGGCUUUCCGUAAAGAAUGUAUCUUUUCUAAUAGUCUAGUGUUUUGCUUUAAUUAGUUGUUUGUGCCCGAGCAGUCUAUUGAAAAAUAUUAGUAAAUGUAUAAAGAUCAAGGAUUUUAACUUUUAAAAACAGAAAGGAAAUCAUUUGAAAGGGCAAAUUUAAAAAAAUGCAUUUAUAUAUUUUGUUACAAAUAUUGCUUCUUGGAUUACAUUGUGGUUCAAAUUAGUGAUAUCCCUGGCAAACAAGGAACAAAUAUAUUUCUUAUGAAAACAGUUAGGAAACAUUAACCAUUUUUUAAGCGUUUGCACAUGCCCUUCAAUUUUUUUAAGUUAAAAUGUUGGCGUUAAUUCAGAGUUAUGAAAAUGAAUGGUUCCAGCUCAAUACAUUGCCUGCUCAAACAUAGAUUUUUGUACUGACAAUAUUUUCAGAGGCUGGCUGGACCCAAAACAUAUCUGUAGGAUAAUAAUAUUUUUAAAGUUAUCCAUUGUGAGCAGUGUGGAUUUUAUGAUUAUGUUCUCUUACUUCCAGAGGGAUCUGAACUGCUCAUUCCAUUGGGUAUGCCAAUAAUUGCUUUUAGGAUGAGCUCAUAAAAGGUAAUUGGUGAAGCUUUAUAUCUGAAGCUGGCCCACUGCUGCCAGCACACCUAGAUUCUGCUUUCCUGGGAAAUUUUUAUUUUAAAACAAAGGUCACAAAGCAAUGUGUGUGUGUGUGUGUGUGUGUGUGUGUGUGUGUGGUUUGGGGAAAAAGUAGUGUCCUGUGCUCCCCAGCUGCUUGUCAGUAGCAUGCCGAAAUAAAUAUCUUGGAAACCUCCAUGUUGAAUUUUUGACUAAAUUAUCAUCAUUUACCCAUGCUCUAUUCACUUUAAUUCCUGGGUGAUCAUAUCAGGUUCAAGGUUAAGGGAAAUCCCUUCCCAUCUGUGCUUUGAUCCACUACGAGCGUUCAGAAUUCCGGACACCCUCCACCCCCCUUUCCAGUGUCCGCCACGCAGCUAUCUUUUCCUCCAGGCUGAUGGGGAAGGAGGAGGUGGCUGAAAGUUGGCAAACUUGACUCCAUGUCUUUCCACAACUGCAACAAGAUAUGUAAUCUGUAUCCUGCCAUCAGCCUCUACGGGGGAAUGAUCCCCUUCUAGAAUGACCUAAACAAAUGUCAAAAGAAAUUUGAAUUCUAAGCCCAGACUUGGAGAAAGGGACUCACAAGAGGGUCAAAGUGGGAAGAUGGCUUCUUUCAGUAGCGUUGCAGUUGCACCCCUUGUCCCCUCACACACGAGCCUCGGGGAUGCUCAGAAAUACAGGGAUGUGUCCAGCAGACCCCAGGCUUCGAUCUGUUAACUUCAACAUAUCAAUUAGUCCUUUAUGUGUGAACAUGAAACCUCACAGUUUUUCUUUCUAUAAAUAUGAGUGUAUACACUUAUGAAAUAUCCCCACAGGGCCAAAAAAAAAAAAACAAAGAAAGGCAUUUGAUUAAUAUUCAUAUCUAGAACUUGAGUGCAAGAGCAGACUGUGCUGGAAUACCUAGGAAGUCAUUCAAAGGGGGAAUCAAUACUAAUUAUUGUAAUCAGGGCGGUUAAUUAGGUGAAAAUGUAGCUGAUGGAUAGUUCCUUGCUCGCAGUCCUAGAAACACCUAGGGUGAUGAAAAGAAGGUAAAAUACAAAAGGAAGAGUGUCACAGGGGAAUGACGGCUCCGUUUUACGGGGUCAGAGCCUGUCGAUGAAAGACGUACCUUGAUUUGCUGUAAUUGUGGUUGCGAGGAAACUAAGAAACAAGCAACUUUGUCGCUGGCGUAGAGCUUUCUGGAAAAGUCAUCAGCAGAAUGCAGUUCGUUAGGAGCAUCUCCACGGCCUUUAUCUGCACGUUUUCAGACAGAAACACGUGUAUUCCACUCAGUUGCGAUGACAUCUUAGAUCAUCUGGACGAGCCUUCAUUGCAUUUCUUUCUACCUUUUGGUAAUUCCUGGGGGAUUUGUGGGGGCAGGGAAGUUCUCCUUUCAUCAAACUAUUGAUUGCUUCUCUCUUGGUGAUUACUGGCUUUGGGAAUUUUUCUAACUUCGCAGUGACUUUUAUUCUGUAGGGAAGAUGAGGCAGUGGUUUGGGGAGAGGAUUAAAAUCUGUGGCAUUUCCCUGAACUGACAUGGGGAAGAGAGUGUCGGAGGAAGGAACGCAUAUGUGAGGUUUUAAUGUUGUUGCCCAUUAAGCCCCGAAAACGAAGUGUCCUAGAGCCGAAACACCUUUCUGAUCACAUGGUACCCAUCUACAGAGGUCAGGCUGGGACAGCAGAGCGUGUGUGUGUGUGUGUGUGUGUGUGUGUGUGUGUGUUUGAACCUCUACUCAACUCAGAGAUGUGCUGGUUCACCCUGAUUUGGGAUGAGGCACCCUUUGUUCCCACAUGCAGCCUUCUGCGUCAUGCGAUGUCAUUAGGGAUUGUUAUGUGCAGAUAUGUUGAUCUGACUCCCAGCUUUCUUCUGCUGAGGACAGAUCCCAGGGCAUUUUCUUGUAUGUCAAGACCACAUGGCUCGCAGGGAAUGGCAUCUGUGGGGAGAGGGUGACAGCAGCCCAGAGUGCCAUGUCUUACCAGGGCAGCUCAGCUGCCACCUCCUCCCCAUCCGUGCCGACCCUCCUGUGAUUGGCUGCCUGCGGUGGAGAUACGUCACUGCCGUUUAUGAAGCAGGGCUUGCCAGCGUGCCCUUGGAGAAAAACAAAAACCAGAAUUUUCCUGCAUGACCAUUCGGUUCAGCCAACUUUGUCAUGGACAAGAAGAGCGUCAGGUUGGAAGUUAUAAGGCUGAUCCACCUCUAGUAUCAGUGGCUUUUUGAAUCCCCAUCUGGAGAAAGGUUGCAGCUGCGAUUGGUAAAAAAAAAGCUGGGUGGAAACUUGUGGGCGGCAUUGCCAGCUUCCGGCUUGUGUGUGAAGUGACUUGCAGGGGUGCCGAGAACCUGGUGCCGCCCUCCUGAAAAGCUGCCCAUCUCAGUGAUCCAGGGCUGCAGGGGCCCCUGCCACACGGUGGUCGUUGUCAUGCCUUUCUUUUUGACCAUCUUGAUCUGGGACCCCAGUUCUCUUUCGGGUUCUGUGAGAUAGCUUCCCCCUUUGUUCAGAGAUGAUUUAGAAAGCAUCUCUGUAAGUGAAAACGCACUGAGUUGGUGAUGGGUGGCACGAAUUCCCGGUGGCGGCAGUUAGGAUGCAUUUUGACUUUCUCUUCAGAAACUGACUUGAUGAAAAAGGGGCGGAGCCCGCAUCCCCAGCCCUGGGAUGCUUGGUGCCUGCCCUCCUACCCUUCGUCCCCCCUCUGGGCUGAGCUGCUGGACUUAGAAAUAUCAGUGAAAACUUUACUGCUGCGUGAACAAUAGGAUCAGGACCGGCUUUCUCUUUUCCUUCCCAUAUGCCCGUUCCAGAUUUAAACAGAGAUCAUGGGGUGCAAGUGUCAUGAUUGGCAGCAAGGAAUAAAUCAAAGGUUUACUGAUAAUCAGCUCUGUACCUGGCACUACACUCGGUGAUCUCUUUUAUGGAACUGAAUCCUCACAGAUAUCCAAGAGUUCGUGGCAGUUAUAUUAUUCCCAUUUCAAAGAUGAAAAAACUGAGUCUGACAGAGGGAAAAUAAUGGGCCCCCAGACCCACAGCUCAGGGUAGAUGAGAUCCUUAGUCAGGACUCAAGCAAGCUCCUUCCUUGGCCACCGUGAAAGGAUAAAUAUUGGAGAUUUGAUGCUUGAACGCGUUGUAUUUCCCCCGGUGCUGAAUUUCCGCGGUGCACUUUGAUUUGUAUGUGUCGUCUGGUUUUGUACUGAGUAGGUGGUGCAGUGAAAAAGGGAAAAAACCACACUUCUUUUUGCUUCUAACAACUCCCACUUGGAUCCAUCUUGGUUUCCUUUAUAGUCCAUGAGGUCUUUGAAUCAAAGCACCUGUGCUUCACUUUUCUCAGCUUCUAUCUGUAUAAUGGGAACAGAUUUGGAAGGGAGAAUAGACAAAUUUGAAGCAUGAUGAAACCGAAAUGUGAGUUUUUAUCUGCAUAAGGGGUCAAGGUUUGUCAUACUGUAAUCAGAACCAACCAAGCAACACAUACACUAUACAGGACAUAGUCUCAGUUGUUAAGAAGCUGCAUGAAACAGAGAGGGAACAGAAUGGCUAAGACAGUAUCAAGUGGUGUAUAAUACAGGGGCGGGGCUUGAAGGAUGGGUGAGGGAGCGGGAGAGGAACGUGGUCGUUAGAACAGCCUGGUUUUGUCUUUGCUAUUAAAGCAAAUUUGCACAACAUCCUUAAGUGGUUCCCUUUCUUCCUCGGACUAUCAGGUCGCUCACAUCGCUGCUUCUCCCUCACUUGGCGGUAUUCCUGUGAACGAGUGCAAGUGUAGCCAGUAGCCUGUACCAGAGAGUAUUGAGAGGCUAAGCGAUUGGUAACAAAGGUUUACCCUCAGCUGCAGAGAUGAGACAAGAUAAUGCAUUUCCACUUAGCUUGUGUAGAUAGCUACACCAGUGUUCAGGAAGAAUUUUUCCCCCCUAAGGGAUUUCAUGGGAAUUAGCAUCAAAAGCCAAGUUAAAGAAAAAUCAGCUGGGAUUUUCAAAAACCUCUAUCAUGGGCUAAAAAUAGUUAAGAGAUUUGAACCAUAUUAUAGGGGAAAAAAAAUUUCCUGUGCUCAAAACCUUAAUGUAUUUUCAACCUACGUGUCACUUAAUAGCUUGGUUAUGUAAUUGCUGUAGUAAUAAUUAGGUUAACUAACACAGGGCACCUCUUAUCUGUGGGAUCACGGUAGAUUUUGAUUUUGUAGCCAUCUACCAGGAAAUGAUGGCCUGGCACAUGACAAAGGUCUAGCUGACGAAUCCGAAAAUUAAAUGACAUGGUCCCAGUGUCAGGCUGUUCUGAUGGAAUCACAGGCAGAAUCCAGCACGUCUGGUUCUUAAAUCUUCAUCAUCCUUUUCACUCCUCUGGCAAAAGCAGCAUUUGCCUUAAAGAGUCUGAUCAUCUGCAGGUACCAUUAUCAGAUGACUUCUGAUCCUUGGAAGGGAAAGCUCUUUGUUGGGGGGGGGGGUGUCCUGAGAUCAUUGUGGGUAAAGCAGAUUCACGUGUUUUGUUUUACAGGCAUCCGAGCGUUUGCUCUCAUUAAGGGUUCCUCUUCUACAAGAUGUAUUUGUUCAGAAAAAGGAGGAACAUUCAAGCCAGUGGGGUUCUCAAGUCCAGAUUUUGAUUCUCACCAAGAGGGGUCUCAGGCACCACCUCCCCCCGCAAGGCUUAAAACUCCCUUUCUCUUCCACCCCCACCUGUUGCUGCUUUCUGUCUGGACCUAAUGUUAUGCCAACGGCUGUGGCCACCCAGCUGUUACCACUCAGCUGUUGGGGUUUGUCAGGCAGUAGUUUCUCCUUUUCAAAUUUACAGCACGUGGCAGUAAGAUGAGACCCUCUGGCCAGUUGGGGACAACAGGAUAGGGGGUGGGGGUGUCUUAGGGCACAUUCCCAGGGAACUGAAAACCCCAUUCGGAUAGGUAUGCAUUUUGUUCCCGCCGCCAGGCUGGCACCAGACAAGGGGACCUGAUACAGCUGGACAAAUCUCGGCAUCUUCAAGGGGCCACGGGGACCUUCCCUGAGAGGUGUUUUUUGGUUUGUUUUUUUUCUGAGUGCCUUCGUGUACACAUCACCAGGCCAGCUUUUUUUUUUUUUUUUUCCUCCUUCCACCCUUUCUUUAGUCUUCUCCUUCCCAAUUUUCAUACCUUAUUGAUUCAUUUCAUGGGACAGAGUCUUCCCUCCCCCUCUCCCACCCCCGGAAGGACUCGCCCAGAGGCAGCUGUUCCCAGUGGGGACACCAGCCCUUGGUCAAGGCAAACUUGAGUUCCCUGACAGAUGAGCCACCAGCUACCUCUCCACUCAUGUGGGCACCUGCCUCCGCAGACACGCAGCUGUGGAGGAAAGCUUCUGGCAUUGUCUGGCUUCCGUUUGAGAGAGAAAGAGGGAGCGAGAGAGAGAAGGCCGAGUGAGGGACAGUCAGGAAGGUGGCAGCGGUGUCAUGGAGAAAGGAAGCAAAGGCAAAGCCAAGUCCGAGAGGGAAGCCAUGAGCUGGUUGGGCUCUGGGUCCGACAGGCCCACACUUUUAACAUUUCAUCCCCUUGGGAUGGAAGCUUCUGGAAACUCUAGAGGGGCGCCUCCUUUCCGAGCUCGAAGUAACGGCACAGCCAACAAGAUGAACGGCGCUUUGGAUCACUCAGACCAACCAGACCCAGAUGCCAUUAAGAUGUUUGUCGGACAGAUCCCCCGGUCCUGGUCGGAAAAGGAGCUGAAAGAACUUUUUGAGCCUUACGGAGCCGUCUACCAGAUCAACGUCCUCCGGGACCGGAGUCAGAACCCUCCCCAGAGUAAAGGUUGUUGUUUCGUAACAUUUUAUACAAGAAAAGCUGCACUUGAGGCCCAGAAUGCACUGCACAAUAUUAAAACUUUACCUGGGAUGCAUCAUCCCAUUCAGAUGAAACCUGCAGACAGUGAAAAAUCAAACGCCGUGGAAGACAGAAAAUUGUUCAUAGGAAUGGUUUCGAAGAAAUGCAACGAGAAUGAUAUCCGGGUGAUGUUUUCUCCGUUUGGCCAGAUCGAGGAGUGCCGGAUUCUCCGGGGGCCCGACGGGCUGAGUCGAGGCUGUGCGUUUGUCACAUUUUCUACAAGGGCAAUGGCACAGAAUGCAAUCAAAGCCAUGCAUCAGUCUCAGACCAUGGAGGGCUGCUCUUCACCGAUCGUGGUGAAGUUCGCGGACACUCAGAAGGACAAGGAGCAGAGGCGCCUCCAGCAGCAGCUGGCACAGCAGAUGCAACAGCUCAACACUGCCACCUGGGGGAACCUGACGGGUCUGGGCGGCCUCACCCCGCAGUACCUGGCGCUUCUGCAGCAGGCCACCUCCUCCAGCAACCUGGGUGCGUUCAGUGGCAUUCAGCAAAUGGCUGGCAUGAAUGCUUUACAGUUACAGAAUCUGGCAACGCUGGCAGCAGCUGCAGCCGCGGCCCAGACCUCAGCCACCACCACCAAUGCAAACCCUCUCUCCACCACGAGCAGCGCCCUGGGAGCCCUCACCAGUCCUGUGGCUGCUUCCACUCCCAACUCCACCGCCGGUGCAGCCAUGAACUCUCUGACCUCCCUGGGGACUCUGCAAGGACUGGCGGGAGCCACGGUCGGACUGAAUAACAUUAAUGCACUGGCAGUUGCUCAAAUGCUCUCAGGUAUGGCGGCUCUGAACGGAGGCCUCGGCGCCACGGGCUUGACGAACGGCACGGCGGGCACCAUGGACGCGCUCACGCAGGCCUACUCAGGGAUCCAGCAGUACGCGGCCGCCGCGCUGCCCACGCUCUACAGCCAGAGCCUGCUGCAGCAGCAGGGCGCGGCCGGCAGCCAGAAGGAAGGUCCAGAGGGUGCAAACCUCUUUAUUUACCACCUUCCACAGGAGUUUGGAGACCAGGACAUCCUGCAGAUGUUCAUGCCUUUUGGAAAUGUUAUCUCUGCUAAAGUCUUCAUUGACAAACAGACCAACCUGAGCAAGUGCUUUGGUUUUGUGAGCUACGACAAUCCAGUGUCCGCACAAGCUGCUAUCCAGGCUAUGAACGGCUUUCAGAUUGGCAUGAAACGCUUGAAGGUCCAGCUGAAGCGCUCCAAAAACGACAGCAAACCUUACUGAUCCUAACCCCAGAGGCUCCCUGCUCUUAUUUUAGCUUUCUUAGGGUAAGUCCCACGAGCCAGCCUGUGCUCAACAGGAAAGGCAGAGGAGGACACAUUGCCAACUUUUACCAAGAGAGACGGUUACUUCUACCAUAAGGCCUCCAUCUCCCCUCCCGGCCCCUCCCCAGUCCGCCACAAUUAAACUCCGGCUACCCUGUUUCUAUCGAGUAAACUCCUCUCCACUUGUGCCACUGUAAUCUCCUUUGUGUUGCAAGUUGAAUCUCCUUUUACCUUUUUCGUUUCGUUUUUGUUUUGGGUUUUUUUGUUUUUGUUGUUGGUUUUUUUUUUUUUUUUUUUUUUUUGCUUUUUUCAAGAAAAACACACAUACACAAAUAAAUGACAUCUUGCGAAUUUAAAAGGCAAACAAAGGCUAAUGUGCAAUUCUAACUCUGAGACCCCUGGUGCCCCCCAGAGCACUGCCUGGAGAAUUCGCCCCUCCUGCCCGCGCCCCCCUCCCCACCCUCAGGAGGGCGCCCGCUGUCGGUAGAGGUGAAGGCGGUGGCCUAGUGAGAGAGGAAAGCCAGGAGAAGCACUUAAAACAAUACAGAAAUGUCUUUCCACUACAUUUGGUUUGUUUUUAAUAAGUAGGAUUUUAUUUUAGGGUUCAAAGAAACAUUUAUUGGUCAGGUUAUUACACUGGUUGUCUAUUUUGUUGUUAUUUCAUUUUAGUUUUUAGAAAGGAUUCGUGUAAAAAAAAAGAUUUAGAGAUCUGUUUCUUAAAGCUACAGGGUUUAAAAAUAAAAUAAAAAUGAGUGAAAAUACUUGAUGUUUCUUGAAAGAUAAAUUUAAUAAUAAAUAAAUACAUAAAUAAUACAUAAAUAAAAAAGAAAGCCACAGGCCUGUAAAUUUUAUUUGUAAAAAAAGCAUUUCUAUUUUUGUACAAAAUUUUUACUGCCUCAGAAAUAAUGGAAGUUAUUUAUUGCCUACUGUUAACUUAUUGGGUACCUAAAGAGCAGUUCUCUGUGCUAGCUAGAUCCUUCUGAAGUAGUCUCUAGAGGAAUCGUUCUAGGAAUGGGCUUUUUUUCACCGUUGAACCCUAGGCCCACAGCUCAUGCUUUCUCCUCUCGUUGUUUGUACCUGUCUGACGGUUUUGUUCGUAACUCCCAUGCUCUAGUUUACAGCUCGGUCUUCUGACUUCCCCCUAUGUCACAUUCGUUGAAACCGGAUCCUCUCCUCACCCCUGCCGGCCCCCCUCCCCAGAAUCCAUCCCCUCUCCCUCUCCGGAUGGAUUCUCCCGGGUUCCAUUGUGCUGUGGAUAAAGGUUGUCAGAAAUGCAAAUUACGUGGAUGGCUCGUAGGCUCCCUACUGACCUAAGAUUUGCAUUAGUGUGCCUCCUGCUCCCAGAAGAGUGAUUUUGUUGCUGCUGCGCAGAUUCUGUGUAACUUUUUCCUCUCCCUGUUUUCUCCCUAGACAUCUUCAUGCCCGUUAGUUCACCGUUUGCCUAGCAUGUCCCUGUGGCGUCUCAAAAAAAAAGUUUCAUCGUCCCGUCAUUGUUUCUGAUGUCUUUCUGACCUCACAUCAUAUUUGGUUCUCCUACUGACCUUUGAUCUAGUUUGACCUUUGAAAUUUGCAUGUGACCUCAUCUAGCUAUGAAUUCUGGGAAGUCAAUGUGAAAAACAUUGCUGCAUUCAUGCAAGACUGAAAUUUAUUAUUAGACAAAUUAAUUAUAGAAAAAAACCUGUGGCAAAAAUGUUUCUUUCUUUUUUUUUUUUUUUCUUUUCAUAAAACAGACUUGAAAGUAUUAUACAGGGAUUGGCAUUCUUCCCGGUCACUGGUAACAAUAGCAAUAUGUGUCCAGGGACACAGAAUGUUGGUUUCUAACAGACUACUUCCAAAAACAGUUUGAGAAAAAAAACUGUCUGAUUUUAAGUCUCUAGAGGUCUGUAAUAGUUUUUACAUUUUUCAGGCAGUGUAAAGUUUUUUGAUAAGGCCAUUUUAGGUGGCUCACUUUCUCAUUAAGAUAUAUAUAGAGAACCACUUUUUGUAGAUUAGUAUAAGAAAAAUAUUUACCCUGUUUUGGGGCAAAUGCUACCUAUUUGUGUCACCUUUUGCUGAACUGACUCACAGUUAGACAAUCCAUGGUUUAAUGCACAUGAAAUUACCUAUAUUUUAUACUGUUUCAAUGUACAGGAGAAAGGUUACUGUAAACUGUGUUAUGUUGGUGCUUCUGUGAAUUAAGUUGUGGUUUCAUCAUGAGUCUUAUGGUCUUAAUGUUCUUUGUUGAUAAGACAAGUUUAGAAUUGGUUUACUUAUAACAAAAAAGAAUUUCAAAAAAAAUGGUUUGCUUAAAAAAUUUCAUGUGAGGGAAAAAAAAAAAAAAAAAAAAAAACCUAUUCCAGAAUAAGUUUUGUGUUGGCUUGUAAAGCAUUGAUGUCAUUUUUUUUUUAUUGUGGACUAUUUAGAUGUGUUUGUGUUCAGCAAAAUGUGAUUUUUUUUUUCUUUUAAAGAAAAAGUGAAAAUAUAUAGUGCCAAAUUCCAAAGGUACUUCCUUCCUAGAGCUUCAGUGUGUUUCUUGUGAGAAGUAAUUUGAUAACAUGGGUAUUUUAUUAUGUGUUUUGUAUAAAUCCCUAAUAUUUAAAAAACAAAAAACAAAAAAAAAGAGGUUAAAAAGUUUGUUAACUUGCUAUCCUGUGGUCUUGUUGCCUGAAAUUGUUAUUGUUUGUUAUUUCUCUAUGACGUUUUUUGUAAGACAUUGUAUAAGUGCCCAUGUCUCACUUUUUUAACCACUCUGCACAUCAAUGCUGUGACGGCAACCUCACAAUGUAUUUUCUUCAUAAUAUAUGGAAACCUCUAAGGUGAGAAAGUUUUGAACUUUUAACCCUUUCUACCCAGAGCUAUCUGGAAUGUCGAUAACUUUUUAUACUGUCAUCAUUUUCAUUUGUUUUGGGGUGGUUCCAAUUUGAAGUUUUUUUCCAUAUAUAUCCUUGAGUUGUUUUGUCUUUACUACUUUUUUAUCCUUUGGUUGGGAUUCAAAAGCAAAAUCUUAAAAACAAAAAGAGGGUUAAAGUAUUAUUAUUAUUUUUUUCCUUCAAAUUCCUCAUUUGCUGCUGGAAUUCCUUCUUCGGCUUUGGUUAAAAAGAGUUUACUGGGUACAUUUUCCGAGGGGAAUGGUAGAUAGUCAAGCACCUGAAUGAACCUUAAAUUCAGCACAUGUUAGAGAUCGGAUUAAUGGUAAAUUCCAGUUUGAACUAUUUUCGUGUACCUUCCAGUGAAAUGGCUUUGUGAGGAUGCGGUAGACUUUGGAGGGAUGUUUGCUUUUAUUUCUUAAAUGCUCCUAAAUUUAUGUCUUUGCUCAGCCAUUGUGCUGGGGAUUCUGAGCCCAGUGGAUACCUCUGAAUAAGCAAGGUGUCUGGAGUUAGAAGUUGACAGUCCUUUUCUUGUCUUUGUUUCUUUUGAAUCAAAUGCAUCUAAAGGGGCCUGACCGUUCAAGGCAAACUCAGUUCUUCAUCGUUACUGGCAAACACUGGUUCCCGCCGCCACUUUGCAAAGUGCCAUCUUUCUUUGACUUCUACUUCACGUGUGAAUGUGAACGGUCUCUUGUUGUCCUGGCAAACCCCAAAGUUACCUACCCCCCACAGCCCCAACACAAGCUCCUGCCUUUCUGGAAGCUUCUUUGUCUCUCCUGGAGUUUAGAAACUGCUGGCUCCCCUUCCCACUCACCACUCUGUUUGAUUUCAUGUGUGCUGUGGAUGUGAUAGCCCUGGGAUGGAAAGGACUAGCCACUAAUGAUGCAAAAAAAAAAAAAAAAAAAAAGUUUCCUUCUUAUAGCACAUGCACUUACAAUGAACGCUCUGUACUAUCCUCACACGUGUUUACUACUGCUGGGGCCUUCCUUCAUCCUUCGAGGGCUAUUUUGUACUUCCUGCAGCGGGCAGCUGACUCACAAAGGUUAUGGCACAUGUCCCUCUCGUGUACAUGAUGUGGUGGCACGCCGUGCGUACUAGGAAUGCAAGAUGACACCAUGGGACUUUCCUAGACUCUUUCAUUCGGGAUCUCUGAUCAAUUACACAUCAUCUUUGCUUCCCAUUUUCCUUCUCCCCGCCUCUCACACCUCCUGCCCCCAUCUCCCCCGAAAGCUGCGGGAGCUUGGAGCUGAAUGUUUCUUCCCGAAGGCAACUGAGAUAGUUACUUUUAGGGGGAAAGUCCGCUUCUCUUUUUUUGGUCAUGUGUCAUUGCCAAAAAGAUAACCCUCCUCAAAGAUAAGCGUCCUUUUCUUCACUUUAUCUUUCAAUAUCUAAAGGAAAAAGCUGCAAGGGUGCGAAGGGCCUGUGCCAGAGGAAAAAAACACACACAGGGAAACUGCUUUUUUAAAAAUCAAGUGUAGAGAAUAGUCGUUUUUAAACUAAAUUAGAGAAUUGCGAUCAAAUGGCAGUCCUCAAAGGCGUAACAAGUUCAUCUUUCUUUCACCAUAGGGGUUUAUAGUUCUUUGGCUUGUGCUACUCUGGACUCAUUUUACUGUUUCUGUUUUUAUUAUCUUAAGUGCUAAUUAACAAGAAGAAAUAAAAUUUAAAAAAAAAACCUGUAGUUUCAUUACCUUUUUGAAUAAUGUCAUACAAAAACAAUGUAUUUGUGUUUUUCUGUGCUGUGAGAAUUGUUGUUUGUAGACGAAUAAUAUCAUUUUGUUUAGAAUUACGAAAUAGUUUUUAAAUAUUGUCUGAGAAAAGCCAAAGUUAAUGCAACCUAGUGGAAACUGUAAGACCAUUUGAGUAUUGUUUGUUUUAUUGAUGCAUUUGGAUUUUGUUGUUUGAUGGAAUUUGAGCCAAAAAAAAAAAAAAAUAACGCAGGCUUUCCUAUUUCUACAACUGAUUGUACUUAUGCAUUUUGUACCAGUGGAACUUUUUAUACUGGAGAUUAAAAAAAAAAAAAAGGAAAUUUUUGUGGCUUACUCUAGUGGGCCCCCUGACAAUGACUGAUUUCAAGUUUGAUUUCUGGUUGAUCGAAAGAAAGUUGCUUUUCUUUUGAGAAUUAAAAACUUUGGCUUGAUUUCUUUUUUCCCUUUGCUUAUAUCUAGCAUUAGAAUUUUGUCUUAAAAUACAGCGGUAAGUUUCACUUUUUAUUCUGUAUUGUGCAGUUACACAAUAAGGUAAUUAGAUUUAGAAGUACUCAAGUCACUUUAAGUGGAUAAAUGUAUUAGUUAAAACUUUAGGAGUUUGCUUUUUCGCUGUUUAGAUCAGAGUUUUUUCUGAUUCUUCUGUCCUCAUUGUGAACAUAACCGUGUAGUUGAAACAGUCAAACUUAUUUUUGUAACGUAUGUUAUCGUGUGAUGCAGUUUUUUGCUUCUGUCUCCAAUAUUAAACCAUUUUCCUAAUA